AACUAAACCGAUGGUCGACCGAACGCAACUCUCUGUCCUCACGUUGAACUGCUGGGGCCUUUACUUCCCAUCAAAAGAUCGCCGAGACAGAAUGGCAGCUAUCGGACGCCACCUUGUCGAUGCCUCUCCUGGAUACGACAUCGUUGGGCUUCAAGAAGUAUGGCUAUACGAGGACUUUCUACUCAUUCAUGGCUUGGUCAAAAAGUCGCUACCGUUUGCGAGACAUUGGACUAGUGGGUUGUUUGGGUCUGGAUUGGUGAUUCUCUCGAAGUAUCCGAUUGUGAGCACGUCGUUGAGACGAUUCGUGCUUAAUGGAGAUCCGUUACCGAACCUUCACGGUGACUGGUUCGAUGGCAAGUGCUGUGCGAGCACGGUGAUCGCUCAUCCGACAGCUGGAACGAUUGAGGUCUUCAAUACACAUAUGCAUGCGACGUAUGACCCUCCUGGAACUUUGGAUGUGUAUCUCGGCUCCAGGUUGGCGCAGGCUUGGGACAUGGCGGUGUUGCUUCGGACUGCAAAGGCUCUGGGUCGACAUGUCAUCGCAGUAAGUACAAAGGGGUGAGCACAAACACACAUGAGCGGUAAAUAUCUGACUAAUGGCAGCCCUUGUUCGAACAAUGCCUCUUUA